GGAACUAUCCAUCAGCCUUGCAGGACUGGGCGAAGGGGACUCUCAGCCACGUGGGAUCUCCGGAUUUGGAGAGGCCGGGCAUCUGUUCGCGUGUUGCGUGACCGCUGUGGAGCUCGCCAGCCGCAAUCUUUGCUAUGGCACAGCUUCAGGCUCGCUUCUUCACCAGCGAUACGAAAUAUACAGUAGAUGAUGUUCCCUUUUCUAUCCAAGCUUCCUCUGAAGUUGCUGACCUCAGUAACAUUAUCAACAAAUUGUUGGAAGCCAAAAAUGAUGACCACAAAUAUGUGGAAUUUGACUUCCUUGUCAAAGGACAGUUCUUGCGUAUGUCUCUGGUCAAACACAUGGAAAUGGAAAAUAUUUCAACAGAAGAUGUAGUAGAAAUUGAAUAUGUAGAGAAGUAUACAGCACCCCAGCCUGAAGAAUGCAUGCUACAUGAUGACUGGAUCAGUUCCAUUGAAGCCACAGAAGAAUGGAUCUUGACUGGUUCCUAUGAUCAGACUUCCCGGAUUUGGUCAGUAGAAGGCAAACCUAUCAUGACACUUGCUGGGCAUGUAGAUGUGGUAAAAGAUGUAGCUUGGGUUAAAAAAGACAGCUUGUCAUGCUUGCUGCUCAGUGCCUCUAUGGACCAGACUAUCUUGCUCUGGGAAUGGAACGUGGAAAGGAACAAAGUGAGGGCUCUUCAUUGCUGCAGGGGACACGCAGGAAGCGUAGAAUCUGUAGCUGUGGAUAGUUCAAGGACCAAAUUUUGCAGUGGCUCCUGGGAUAAAAUGCUGAAGAUAUGGUCUGCAGUACCUGCCGAUGAAGAGGAUGAAGCAGAGAUGGAAGAAGUAGUAAACAGACCAAGGAAAAAGCAAAAAACCGAGCAGCUGGGACUAACGAGAACUCCCAUUGCAACCCUCUCUGGUCAUGCAGAAUCCGUGUCUUCCGUACUUUGGUCAGAUGCAGAUGAAAUCUGCAGUGCUUCAUGGGACCACACCAUUAAAAUUUGGGAUGUUGAAACUGGAAGCUUUAAAUCCACUUUGACAGGGAACAAAGUGUUUAAUUCAAUAGCCUACUCACCACUUUGUCGGCGUAUAGCCUCUGGGAGCACUGACAGACACAUUCGGUUAUGGGAUCCUCGGACCAAAGAUGGCUCUUUGGUGUUACUUUCUCUCACCUCACAUACUGGCUGGGUGACUUCAGUGAAAUGGUCUCCUACUCAUGAGCAGCAACUUAUCUCUGGUUCUUUAGAUAACAUUGUCAAACUCUGGGAUACAAGGAGUUGCAAAGCUCCUCUUUAUGAUUUGGCAGCUCAUGAAGACAAAGUUUUCUGUGUGGAGUGGACCGAAGCUGGGCUGCUGCUGAGUGGUGGAGCAGACAACAAACUAUAUUGCUACAGAUACCAAUCAACCACUUCAGAUGUUGGAGCAUGAAAGGAGGAUUUUGCUGGAUCUACAUCUCAUAUAUGAACAGAAAGUGGCCUGCUAUUUGUAGAAAGGAUGUUAUGGAGCCAGUCAUGUAUAUUCUUAUAGCAUGGAGCAAAAUUCAUUGCCUUGACUUUCUUCAGGGAUGAAAUUGCUGUCCUUGUAUUUAAAGCUUUUUUAAUGUACAUAUAUGAACUGAACAAAAAAAAUUAACCACUUACACAUGAUAUUGGAUUUCAGUAUAGUAUUUAUGUCAGUUAAUCUUAUUUUGUGCAACUGUAUUUAAAUGUUUCGGUUCAUUAUUGUUUUCAGCUUCCCAAACCAUUUGAGAAGAAAUGUCCUUAAAUUGGAAAUCUGUUUAUUGCAGAUGGCUAGUGGUUAUUCUAUAAAAUGUAUGUUUUUAAGAAUUUUUAAUUAAAUAAAUACAUUCACCUUUGAGAAGAGAUGGUAAGAUGAAAUCCAUGGUUGGGGCAGGCGGUGGGGGGGAGAAAGGGAGAAGCUUUGGAGGCUUCCAUUUUAGCUGACUUAGGAGGAGCAAUUGGAAUCAGGACAUUGUCAGUCUUGCUCUUGGUCAAGACAUUUCCUACUGAUAGCCCCAAAGUUUUCACUAGUAUAUUACUGUACCUUGGAUAUCUAUGUGAGGACUUAUUUGAUGGAUUGAAUUUGAAACAAGCUCUGGAAGCACACGGUCCUCCAAGAACUGAUUUGAAAAUUUUCCUCUGACUUCAUGGACAUUCUCUGAAUGUCAUCCGUAAUGGAGAGUUAGCUGCAGAAGUUGGAUGUGACAAUACAUACCUCUGCUCAUAUUUCUUUCUGAUAGCACCUAGCACUAUAUAAAUGCCUUUUCCUCUUCCGGUCAAAACUUAAUAAAGUCUUGCAUUUUUUAAGACUGUUCCUUGAUUACCUAUGUAAUGUUCAGCAAAGUACCUCUUCUUCAACACCCAAGAGCAGUUGCUUUGAAGGGAGUUUUGUGAUGUGUCAGUCGGGCUUUUCUAAAGUCCUGGGCAACAUUUCACAUGGAUUCCUUGGCCUCUUGCCUUUGACUUUGUAACCGGGUGCUGAUAUUUUACCAGUGUAAGUGCCCCUUUAGAGACAGCAGAAGUUUUCCAUUUCAACAGAAAACUCUUUAACAACCAGCAGCAUUUGUAAAAGUCUUGCACGUUGGGGCCAUGGAGAAGCAGGGGGGGGGGUUUGAGUGUGUUUCUCAUUGCUUUAAAAAAUGUUUUUUUUUUAAAUAACAUUUUAUUAAUUUAUCAAAAUAUAAAAUACAGAAAUACAAAGAAAAGUGAAAAUAAUGGUAAAAUAAGGGAGGGAAGGAGGAAGAAACGUGUAGGGUAGAAGGGAGAAACCAAAAAGAAAAAAAGAUUAAAUAAACCGUGUGAAAGGUUACCAGGCAGCUCAUAAUAUUUGUUUGUAAAUUUGCAUCGUGUUUCAUUCAAGAGCUUGUGCAGCGUGCUCCAGCCCCCUUAUUUUUCCCCAUAAUAAAAACACUGGUAAUUAAACUGAGCUGAGGGGGUUGAUCAGCCAAAGUCACACAGUAUGGCCAAGGAUUGAUUUGAAGCAGCAUCUCCCUCAUGUUAGUCCAGCACCCAAAUUACAUUAUAUUAGCUCUCAAGAGUUUUCCCUAUCCAGAUUUAGCACCCCAGCCCGAUAUAAAUACUGGUACAACCAUUCAUAUACUGACCAUUUAAAAUUACAAUGGCACUAAAGAGCUAUAGUAAUUUGCUGUCCUCGGUAACCUUUAUAUUUGGUUUGCAACUGGGUGCUUAGUCCUAGGCAGCAUGAUAUUCUUUUUCUGUUUAUAAGCUAUCCAGGAGUCAGGCAUAUUUCAAAUUGGAUAUAGGAAAAAUAAUUUAUCUGUGUAGAUGGAAUACUCAGGAAAGAAUGAAAUAAUGAUGUCAGUUUGGAUAUUGGUCUCAAUACUGAGAAAAGGCAAGUUAUUACUUCGUACAUAUGCUGUGCUUCUGGAGAAAAUAGGUGUCAGCCACCGUGCUUCCCAUCUCUCUGCUGUGAGAUAUUCCUGCAUGUCUGUUGUUUCAGGAGAACUUGUAAUCUCACUGCACAAGGAACACAGCCAUUUUUGCUGCAUUUAGGACUAACCCCCACUUAAUGAACAACUAGGGCUUCUGCUUAAUUCUCCAUGUCUCCUUGCACCAGACUUCAUAUGCAACAUGAUUCAAUUGACGUCUCCUUCAGCAAGCAGAUGUUAUGUUACAGUUAUUCCUAGUCACAGGGGAUGGCAGCAAAAGGUCUAAUCCUAGCUGGGUAUAUAGCAUGGAAUCUGUCCAGCUAAGCAUAUUUCUUGGUCAGAGUACAAAAAUGGAUUUUCACACGUAUCAGGAUAUUUCCUUUUCUACAGUGGGGUGGAGAGCAUCUACAGCUAAUCCAAUGUGCCUUUGAUUUUCAACAGCCUAUUUUUAUUCCAUCUGGUGACUGUGAAACCUGAGAUUCAUCAGUAGUCACACUUUACGUUUAAAUGGAAUACAGGGCUAUUUUUGAGCCCUCUGCAGCAUUGAAUGUUACUAUAUACUAAGCUUUAUGUCUCAAAGGAUGCUUUUUUUUUUCCAAGGGAAAAAAUAACCUCAUUCCUCUGCACAAUAUAUUGAUUGGAAUGGGAGAAGAAAGGAGCAGUUAGGGUUGGAAAUUGUUUCUACUUUUUCCCCCAAUUUCUAGAACAAAGUUUUCUGAUUAUUGGGCAGGAACGGUAUUGUCUUGACAGAUUGGGGAGGCUGACCCAGCUUGUAUCUGUUGAGCAUAUUUCAUGUUCCGCAUAAUAUUAAUUAAGCAAAAAGUAUGAAAUGAUAUUUAGGAUUUGCUCUGUAUAACUUCUAUCAUACUUUUGCAAAUAUGAUAUGGUUUAUCUGAUUCUUUUAGAGUUACAUAUUUGUAAUACAUACUGUAAUUCUUCCAAGAAUGAAGAUUUUUUUCCCCAUAUGCAGAAUCAAAUAAGCGAAGGAAUUGAAAAUGUUUGGGAAAAAGAAUUUUAGGAAGAAUAAUUUUAACUGCAGUUAUUCUAACAUGCCAUGCCGAAGUAAAAUCUUAAAUUCUUUUCUGCUGUCACAAAAGAAAGUCAUAAUUACCUUUCCUUCUUUGCUCUCUGUUUUUUGUAAUUCCCAAAUAUCUCAUCCACCUGGAUUAAUAAAAUUUGGUUGAUUCUUGAA